AUGGCAUCCACUGACUCCCAGACACAAGUUGCUGAGCCUGCGCUCGACGCCCCAAAUGCUGCCUCCGCUCCAGCGUACGAGCAUGAUCGUCAGUCCCAUGACAGCGGCCGAGAGGCCACACUGACCUCUGGUCUGGACGACUCAGAAAAGGCCAAAAAGUCAUCACCUGAGAAGCAAGAGCGCGCAAGCGAAGAUGACGGUGUCAUCAUAGUCGAUUGGGAGGGUCCGGACGAUCCAGCCAAUCCGAGAAAUUGGUCGACGAAGAAAAAGUGGGCUGCCGCGGUCACUGUGUCGGCAUUUACCUUCAUCUCGCCAAUAUCGUCGUCUAUGGUCGCCCCGGCAGCCGAACAGAUCGCUGAACAGUUCCACAUAACGAGCGGCGCCAUAACCAGUCUGACCGUAUCGGUAUUCGUUCUUGCCUAUGCCGUCGGACCGCUCUUUCUAGGUCCCCUGAGCGAGAUGUUUGGACGUGUUCAUGUCCUCCGUGGCGGAAACUUGUGGUUUACUGCAUGGAACCUAGGCUGUGGCUUCUCGCAGAACACUGGCCAGCUGAUCGCGUUCCGAUUCCUCGCAGGCCUUGGCGGCAGCGCACCCAUGGCAACUGGCGGUGCCGUCCUCAGUGACAUGUGGCUACCAGAGCAGCGUGGGCAGGCCAUCGCUAUCUACUCUCUAGCACCUUUGUUGGGUCCGGUCAUUGGUCCAGUGGCGGGAGGCUGGAUCGCAGAACGGUCUACCUGGCGAUGGGUCUUUUGGGCAACGACUAUCGUCGCUGCAUUGGUUCAGCUCUGCGGACUUAUCUUCCUGAAAGAGACAUAUGCUCCGAUACUCCUGGAGCAGAAGGCAGCCCGCAUACGCCAGGGAAUGGAUCCCGAAAAAGGUGCCGUUCGGGAGGUCCGUAGUGCGCAAUCGACCGGUAAACAGAACAUGGGAACCCUAUGGCGGAAGUCACUCACCCGCCCGUUCAUCAUGUUCGCGCAUGAGCCCAUCAUCCAGCUGUUCGGCCUGUACAUGGCCUUCAUCUACGGUGUCAUCUACUUGGUAUUGACGACCAUUCCGGGUAUCUUCUCUUCCGUGUACCAUGAGGAUGUCGGUAUCGGUGGUUUGCACUACAUCGCCCUUGGCCUUGGACUGUUCGUUACCACGCAGAUCAAUGCCCGAGUGAUCGACCGGAUAUACCGAAGGAUGAAGGAGCAUAACGGCGGAGUCGGCCUACCGGAGUUUAGAUUGAUAACUGUGUUCCCGGGCACCGCUUUGAUUCCCGUUGGACUGCUCAUGGCGGGUUGGGGAACGCACACCCACUGGAUCGUCGUGGAUAUCGGUCUCGCAAUGAUCGGCUCCGGGAUGAUCCUGACGUUCCAGGGAAUGCAAACCUACGUUAUCGAUGCCUUCACCUUGCAUGCUGCGUCAGCGCUCGCGGCCGUCUCGUUCCUCCGCUCAAUAGCGGGUUUCGGAUUCCCGCUAUUCGCGCCUGCGAUGUACAAUGCGUUAGGCUAUGGCGUGGGUGAUACCAUCCUGGCCGCGGUUGCGGUUGUCGUGGGACCACCAGCGGUAUUCACCUUCUGGAAGUACGGCGAGAGGAUCCGCGGCAUGAGCCAGCACGCUCGACGCGCGCCAGUCAAGAAGUGA